AUGAUUAUCUCUUCGCGGCGUGACCCUUAUAAAAUGGGUGCCCGCCGGGCUCCAACUCCCAGCAAUAUUCGAGUAGCGCCGCCGCCGUCAAAACAAAGCUUGCGGAUCCCCUUUAUCGAUUCUCCGCUCCCGUCUCCUAGUCUUCCAUCCUUCUUUCCCCGUCGUCCGACUAAGCCUUCUCGCUCGCGUAUUCAAAAGAGUUGGAGAGUAUUUGGCGUACUAGCGGGUUGCUGUAUUGCUAUAACUUGGCUGCUGUACCCCUUUUGGCGUAUUGGACGCUCAUUCAAUCCUGCGCAACCUUUGUCAAACCGUGAUGCCUACGAAAUUGUGGGGAGUAACGUUUUACCUGACAUGCCUGGACCAGUCAUGGUCAUGGAUAAGAAAAACCACGCUCGAUGGACAAUCUACAUGCCCAUGCAAAAUUCUUUACAAACAUCCCCUUCUGAUUAUGCAAGAAUAUGUAUGGAGACCGAAGAACUGGCGCAUCAUGUUGCCCAGACCAGAAACCCAAACUCGGAAAGCAUAAUCAGCCAGCGCGGAGGGUUCUACAAUUGGGACAGAAACUUCAUUGAUGUAGCAGAUGCCCAGGAUCAAGACCUACUUCCCCGAGCCCCCAACUUCCAACAUAAUCCUUACCAAGCGGUUGGAUGGGAGCAAAACGAAAGCAAGGCAGAUUUGCCCUUGUGCAAGAAAUCUUUAACAUUCGUUCUGCAGUCGGAUAAUGCCGGGCUAGGCGCAACAUUGAUGGGCUUAUGGAUGAGCUACGGGUUUGCUAAGGAAGAGGGAAGAGCUUUUUUUAUUGACGAUUCGAAUUGGGGUUAUGGUCGGUACACCUCGUAUUUCAGACCUCCCCCGGUUCCGGCAUGUCGACCUCCCCCUACCUCACAGCGAAUACCAUGCCCCAUGCAAGCACGCCAUCUCCUAGUAUCUCCAUCUACCACUCGUUGGGUGUUUGACAGUAAUUUCAGUGAAAAAUUUGAAAAUCGGCAUCAGCUGGGAGUGGAUAAACAAAGACCAAUUUUUGAAUUUCUACGGACAGGAUAUGAGGCCCUAUUUCGAUUAAACGACCAGGACCAAGGACACUACGAUAGGCGAGUCAAACAACUGAAUACUAUCGAGAACAAACCGCAGGUUGGUAUUCAUGUCCGCCGUGGUGACUGUCACCCGUUAGAGCUUCAAUACGAAAACUCGUAUAUUCCUCUAGCGGUAUACACGCAACAAGCGGAAGAACUCGUAAAGACUCUCACUGGCUCUAACCUACCUUCUUCAGAGAGUGGUACAACAAUCGUGGCAUCUGAUGAUCCCGACAUCUAUUCAGCCCCGGAAGUGAUACAUGCUCAAAAAGCACAGUCCUCUAUUUCCCUUGUCAGUAAAUCCACACUCAAAGCCGGCGGGACAGGUCAGGGAUCUAGUUUGGAUUCAAAUAGUGGAUGGGAAGGUGGCUUUUUCAACAGUCUCUUCUGGUCUUUAGGCUCUCCAUUGUCCCGACCAGUGGCGGAGUACAGCCCACCACCGUCGAGGUAUCCCGCUUCAGCUUCGUCACCCGACAUUGAUGUGCAAUCCCAAUUGGCAGACCAGACGAAGCUAUCACCCGCAAAUCAAGAAUUCCGAUUCCAACCUCCUCAAAACGCUUUGCGGUUGCGUGAGUUUGUUGCUCGCGCCUACCUACUUGACCUAGCUAUACUCGGUUCGUCUGACGCUGUGGUUUGCGGCGUGAGUAGUUCCUCGUGCCGAUUACUUGCUGUAAUGCUAGGCUGGGAGAAAGCCAUAAAACAAAAACAAUGGAAAAAUAUUGAUGGUUCGUUACAAUGGGAAGCCUUUAUAUGGUGA